CCCCCAACCCCGCCCCACGGGCCCGGCGCCAUGAGUGAGCUGGAGCAACUGAGACAGGAGGCCGAGCAGCUCCGGAACCAGAUCCGGGACGCCAGAAAAGCAUGCGGGGAUUCCACACUGACCCAGAUCACAGCUGGGCUGGACCCAGUGGGGAGAAUUCAGAUGAGAACACGGAGGACCCUCCGUGGACACCUGGCAAAAAUCUAUGCCAUGCACUGGGGGACAGACUCAAGGCUGCUGGUCAGCGCCUCCCAGGAUGGAAAGCUCAUCAUAUGGGACAGCUACACCACCAACAAGGUCCAUGCUAUCCCUCUGCGCUCCUCCUGGGUCAUGACCUGUGCCUACGCCCCGUCUGGGAACUUUGUAGCCUGCGGGGGUUUGGACAACAUCUGCUCCAUCUAUAGCCUCAAGACCCGAGAGGGCAAUGUCAGGGUCAGCCGAGAGCUGCCUGGCCACACUGGGUACCUUUCAUGCUGCCGCUUCCUGGACGACAACCAAAUCAUCACCAGCUCUGGGGAUACCACCUGUGCCCUGUGGGACAUUGAGACAGGCCAGCAGACGGUGGGUUUUGCUGGACACAGUGGGGAUGUGAUGUCCCUGUCACUGGCCCCCGAUGGCCGUACCUUUGUGUCAGGCGCCUGUGACGCCUCCAUCAAGCUGUGGGAUGUUCGGGAUUCCAUGUGCCGACAGACAUUCAUAGGUCAUGAAUCUGACAUCAAUGCCGUGGCUUUCUUCCCCAAUGGUUAUGCCUUCACCACGGGAUCAGAUGACGCCACAUGUCGCCUGUUUGACCUGCGGGCCGAUCAGGAGCUGCUCAUGUAUUCCCAUGACAACAUCAUCUGCGGCAUCACCUCGGUUGCCUUCUCGCGCAGUGGACGGCUGCUGCUCGCGGGCUAUGACGACUUCAACUGCAACAUCUGGGAUGCCAUGAAGGGUGACCGUGCAGGUGUCCUCGCUGGCCACGAUAACCGUGUGAGCUGCCUUGGGGUCACAGAUGAUGGCAUGGCUGUGGCCACAGGCUCCUGGGACUCCUUCCUCAAGAUCUGGAACUAACCACCCCAACCCCAGAUGGGCCUAGGCAGGGAGCAUCCCUGCCCAUGUCCACACUACAGGCCCAGGGCUUUGCAGCUGGGUACACAUGCCAAGCCUCCCUCCCUGGGCUACAGGGCCUUGGGUCCUGCUCCUAUACCCAGGUUUGGUUCCUCCCGGGGGGGCCCCCACUGUGGAGAUAAAAGUCGGGAUGGAAUGGGGGAAGAGGAAGGGCAGGAAAGCCCUCAACCUUUGCUGCCCUGGGGCUGGGGCCUCACCCCUCUGGAGGGCCAGAGGCAAGAGGUGGAAACUCCAGGGGCUGGCUUUUUUAACUGGUUUUAUUUUAAUUUUUAUUAUAUUUUCAGUUUUUCCAUAAAGGAACCACUUCCAACUCUG